CUCUUGGGUGUGACACCAAAUGCAAAAUGGCCGAAACGAUAGUCCACAGAAUUCCCUCCGUGGUUGAUCCCAGCCAGGCAGAUCAGACAAAAGAGGCCAAAGUCAUUACAGGCGGUCUUUUUGCAGAGACAGGAGUCACUGAUGACGGCCGGUUAGUUGUUGACUUGCAAGAGCACUGUCCACGGAUUGGCAGUUUGUUGGAUGCCUUACGGCGCCAGAAUGAUGCUCGUCAGAGGUCAUGGAUGCCCGAAGAUAGCGAUACGCGGUUUCCCCUGCAACUGAACGUGGUGAUUCAUGUUGUGGGAUCUCGUGGAGAUGUCCAACCGUUCAUCGUGCUUGGUCAGGAGUUAAAGAGACACGGCCACCGGGUUCGGUUAGCUACACAUUUGGUCUUCCGCGAUUCCGUUCGCGAGAGUGGUUUGGAGUUUUUCAAUAUUGGAGGCGAUCCAGCUGGAUUAAUGUCCUUCAUGGUGAAAAACCCCAAGUUGCUCCCCAAGAUGGAAACUAUUAUCCAAGGGGAAAUCAUCCAGCGUAGGAAAGACAUCCGAAAGAUGCUGGGCGGUUGUUGGCGAUCGUGUUUUGAACCUGGCGAAGGCAUCAACUCGACUCCAGCAGAAUGGGAAUCAGCACCGCCGUUUAUUGCGGAUGCCAUCAUUGCUAACCCGCCUAGUUUUGCUCACAUUCAUUGUGCCGAGAAGAUGGGGAUUCCCCUCCACCUGAUGUUCACAAUGCCGUGGUCGCCUACUCAGUUCUUUUCACAUCCUAUGGCGAGCGUUCAUACAACCGGUAACAAAUCUACGGUCGCAAAUCUGGUCUCGUAUAUGAUUGCAGAAACGGUGAUGUGGCAGGGGGUAGGCGACCUCGUUAAUGAAUUCCGUCGUCGUGAACUGGGAUUACAAAAGUUGGAUUCCAUGAGAGCCCCUAGCCUAAUCCAUCGGCUGAAGAUCCCUUUUACAUACUUGUGGUCACCAUCCCUUCUCCCAAAGCCCAAUGAUUGGCAGAGUCAUAUCGACGUUGCUGGAUUCUGCUUCCCCCCGGUCAACGAAAACUACGAGCCUCCCCAAGAUCUCCUCGAAUUCCUCGAAGCUGGACCACCGCCUAUCUAUAUUGGGUUUGGGUCAAUUGUGGUGGACGAUCCGGAUGGUCUGACUGGGAUUAUUCUGGCCGCUGUAAAAGCAUCUGGCCAACGCGCAUUGGUCUCCAAGGGCUGGGGAGGGUUAGGGGCUGAUCAAAUCGAACAUGCUGAUGUAUUCUUCCUCGACAAUUGUCCGCACAACUGGUUAUUCCCCAGAGUGUCUGCGGUUAUUCAUCAUGGUGGCGCUGGGACGACUGCAACCGGGCUAGCUUUUGGGCGACCCACAGCCAUCGUACCAUUCUUUGGUGAUCAGCCUUUCUGGGGUAUGUUGGUUGCCAUGAAUGGGGCAGGUCCUGAGCCCAUUCCUUUUAAGCAAUUGACUACGCAUAGGCUAGUAGAGGCCAUCCGCUAUUGUCUUGAGCCCGAAACUGGAAAGAACGCAAAGGCUCUGAGUGAGAAAAUCCAGUCUGAGAAUGGUGCACUCAGGGCGAUGGAGAGUUUCCAUCAUCAUCUUAACUUGCAUAGGAUGCGAUGUGCACUGUGUCCUGAUCGCCCGGCUGUGUGGCGAAUCAAGCAUACGAAGAUCUAUGUUAGUGCCUUUGCUGCUUGUUGUCUCGUUCACUCCAAGAAACUUGCUCCAAAGGAUUUUAAGCUACACCGAACAAAAGCCUACGAUACGAAUCUGGAACCCGGGGUUCCUGGCCUCGCAGUAGCCGAAACAUUCACCGGUUCUUUAACCAAUUUCUUGACAGGACUGGUGGAGCUGCCAGUUCAACUAGUGCAGAAUUUUUCUCGGUCUCCUUCGGCUCGAUUUGCCGAGAGAUAUGGUCUGACAACCUAUUGCGAUAACCAGUUGUCUGGUCGCUCUUCCCUGUGUUCCGGAUCCCAAAGUGAUGGUCAACAAAACGAAAAACCAAACUCGGGUGCCGUAAUAUCCAGAUCUAGCACCUCGCUCUUUUCUACAUCAAGUCAAAGCUCACUGGAUAUGCCUUCGAUGGAUCGAGGAUCGGCAUCCUUUAAGAAUGUACUCGUCAAUACUAGUUACACUGGACGGCAGGUCUUUGAUUGGAUAUUGGAGCUACCGAUGAGUGUUACAUUCCUGCUCUGUCACACCUUUCAUUAUGCGCCUCGAUUUUACCAUGACCAAACCGUGCGUGAGACACCAAUAGCCACCGGGCUGCAAUCGGGAUUUGUUGGUGCCGGUGAGGAACUGAUGUAUAGCUUGUAUGACGGAAUCACUGGUGUUAUAACCCAACCUCAUCUUGGAUGGAAAAGCGACGGAGCUGUAGGUCUCCUGUCAGGAGCUGGCAAGGGCGUUGGUGGGUUACUGCUUAAACCCCAAGCUGGAUUAUGGGGUUUAUUAGGAUAUCCCCUCAACGGACUCCAUCAAAGCAUUGCAAAAUCGUAUGGGAAAAAUCGCCGAUGUUGUGUCGUAAAAUCACGCAUCACGCAAGGGUUGGCAGAAUUGCAGCUUGCAUCUGAAGACCAGCGGGCGGCUGUUUUUGAUCGGUGGAAGAGGGAGUAUGAGCAGAAAAUCAUGGUCAAGCUUGGGAGGGCUCAUUAGAAAAAUUGUUAUGUCACCGUUGGAAGAUUGGUGAGUUGUAAAUUAUGCUGUUUUCAUAAUACAGUUCUUUGUAAGGUAAUUAUGACUCCUAAACAGUCUGAUUAGAUGCUGGUAUGGACCCAGUACGGUAGCC